CUGUGACUACUUAUCGCAUUUCUCCAGCCAUCUCCAGCCAUGGCCAUGGCCAUUGAUCCGGACUUCUCUCCCCGGGUCUCAAGGUUCUCAUACCCCUACCCCUCCCACCAAGAUUUUUCGUAUCUGAUGGAAGCGCACACCACCCACCCAUUUAUCGCCACGAUAUUUGAUUGGCGCGACUACCUAUUGACUUCUCGGCGACGGGCUUUGAUGCAAUCCGAGGACGUGCAUGCGUAUUGUGCGGUGUGCGGUGUGCGGUGCAUAUAAGGUCAACGAGUCGGUGUUGAUGGAUUCGUCUUUUUCGCCCCUCCCUUCGUUUUCGUGUCUUCGUUCGUUAUUCUUUCGUUUUUCUGGGUUUUAUCUUCGUUCGUUCGUUCUUUCGCUUGCCGCUAGCUCGGCCUUUGUUUUUUCUUGCCCUUCUUCUUCUUCUUCUUGAUUUUUCGACGUAUCGCCUUUCUACGCUACGAUUUUCGUCUCUUCGGGUUCGAGUCGAUCUUUAUCCUAAGUUAUCCCCUCUACCCAUACCCAUACACAUCACUACCCAUCCCAAACAAAAUCACACGCAAUGGUCCAGAUCAUCCACACCACCCUGCCAUUCCUUCCCUUCCUCUCACUCCUUGCCCUAACCCUUCAAGUCCGAACCGUCACCGCCGCCACAGCGCCACUGAAAUUGAACGACUGGUCGGUGCCGUGCUUCCAGGGUCGAUGCGCGUAUGAUCUUCCGGAGGCUGAUGUGGAUAAUUCGACUUCGGGUUCGAGUGGGGGAAGUGGGAGUUUGCAGAUCUGGGGUUCCACGACCGGUAUAUCAGAUAUAACCCCUUCCGCGGGCUGGCUCGUCCUUUCCUGCAACACCUCCGCCUCCUCAUCCGCCGUAUUUAUUUCAACUUCUGCCAACACCACCUCCAACCCGACAUCGGCACAAGUAGAUGUAAGGCUCGUGUGUUCGAGCGAGGAUAUGACGGCGGCGGGGUGUGAUCAUCUGUUUGCGAAUGGGGCGGAGGGGACGUUAGUGAGGAUGCCGCCUGCGGGGGAACAGAACUGCACCACCGCGCCCUUCCUCCGCGUCGCGAAAGCUUGGGUAUCGGAGGACCAAACAAUUCCGGGCAAUGUGAAGCGGUCGAUUGAUAGCAGAGGAGGGGAUGCGAACGUUACAGUCCAUGCGUUGACGCUGGAUACGAAUUUCGUGGCGAUGGACGCGGGGAGGCACGGAAAUGUAUCCUUCUCGAUCCAAGCGGGUAGCGUCGUGUACGCCCCUAACACCGGCAGUUCAGCCUCUUCAGGCGCAAGUCUGAGUAAUAGGAGAAGGGGGCAUGAACGUUCGGGAAGGAGGUCUAUGGUUGCUGAAUCGAGGAGGAGACAUGCGUUCGUCGCUGAUUCUUUGGCUCGUCGUGAUGACCCGACGACAAUAUCGCUCCAAUCUCCCUCCACACCCAUCACAGUCUCCAACGCACUCUCCACCCUCCUCUCCGCGCACAUCCCCUGCUCCGCGUCCGUUUCGGCUACUUCGCCUACUAUCAGUGCGGGCCCGGCGACCGUACAAGCGGGCGUGGACGCGAGUAUGGACGUUAAUUUGGAUGCGCAGGUGCAGGUGGGCGUUGUCGCGGUGGGGCAGAUCGUACCGCCGGGGAUUAGUAGUCUGGGAGUUACGGCCGACUUCAACGCCUCCAUGAGCGGAACCCUCUCCCUCACCGCCUCCGCAACGGGCACCAUCGACUCCGGCCCCCUCACCCUCUUCGAACUCGGCAUCCCCGGUCUCUCCUUCCCCGGCAUCCUCACCAUCGGACCUUCCUUCAAGAUCAGCGCCGAUGCCAAAGCCUCCCUCGAACUCGACGUGGAUAUGAAGCUCGAUCUCGCGCACAAUAUCACUAAUGGACAUUUGGUGUUCCCGCCCCAGGCGAAUAGUACGCAGACGAAUGGGACGAGCGGGGGCGUGUUCAUCCCCGGGGAUACGGGGUUGACGUUCGCGGCGAGCCCGGAAUUGGAUGGGAAGGCUAGUGUGGAGGCGCAUUUGAUUCCUGGGCUCGACAUCGGCCUCGACGCAUUCUCCGGCCUCGCAUCCGCUACCAUCUCCCUCAACCUCGACGCCUCCGCCACACUCGCCCUGAACGCAUCCACCGGCGCCUCCGUCAGUGGCACGGCGAACUCGACGGGCGUGUCGGUGUCGAACGUGACGACGACGGCGCCGCAGGGGUGCGUGGAUGUGAGCGCGGAGCUGAAUGUGAAUGCGGGCGCGGAUGCGAAGUUUUUUGAUUUGUUUGAUGAGAGUGUUAGUGUGCCGAUAUUUGAUAAGGUGUUCGAGAUCUUCCAGAAAUGCUUCGAUGCGUCGAACAGCACGGACUCGUCCAACUCUACUUCGUCUUCCAGCAACUCGACUUCUUGCGAUAACUCGACGACGAGCUCGAAUUCGACUUCGAUGUACAACUCCACGUCGGCCUAUUCUUCGUAUAACACCACAGUAUACUCUGCCUCCAAUUCCUCAUCCGAUGGGUCCUGCAACCCUACCACUUCGGCUUCCAUGGCCGCUUCUACCUCCACGUCUACAUCUGCAUCUGCAUCUGCAUCUGCGGCAUAUACGAUGCGCGGUUCGUCAUGGUGGUACUCCCAAUCUGACGCAUACUCCGCCGCUGCCGCCGCCGCUUCCAAUUCUGUGUUUGUCACAACGGUGACCAUAACGCCCUCAAUGCACAUGGCCACACCUUCAGCCUCAGCAGCGGCGAUGCCAUAUGCCUACGGCUACGGCGGGAACGCGAGCUAUGGUUCUAUGAUGUCGAGGAGGGAGUUGAGUGUGAUGGGAAUUAUGCGGAGGGCGGCGGAUUUGCAGUGCGCGGGCGUGGAUCUGUUGCCGCCGGUUGGGUUGGUCAGUCAGACGGUUAAGGCUGGAGAUAUCACGAUCAAGUCAACUGUCGGGUGAGCAUUCGGAAGCUGCGUAAGGGUAUCUCAGAGAUUUUUGUUGAGAAGAAAACGGCUGGUUGUCAUCUUUUUGGUGGUUUGUAUGAGCGAUUUAUCUCUAGUCACUACUGUGGACUUUGUGCUUUUAACUUAUUACUUUCGUUCUUUAUUGUCUGUGCUGUGGGAUCUGGGAUUCAACCAUAAGUAUUGUGCGGGUGCACCAUUGAUGCGUUCACUUUCAUGUACAGUUCGCGCGUACGCCUUGUUCUCA